AUGUCUGUGUCACGCUGAAGGAUGCUGGGAGGAAGAGUAGAAGGAGAAGGAUGACGCCAGCAGAGGCUGCAGAGAAGCUAACAGCAUCAACACACAAACAUUUACCUAAUUGAGCUAGAUGCUAACAGAGUUGCAGAGGACAGAUUGGCAGACAGCUGGAAAGAGGCAGAUGACAGCAGCACACACUUCAACACACACACACUGGUACAGAGGAAGCUCUGCUAAAGCUAGUUGGUUAGCAUGCUCAGAAUAUAAGCCUAACCCUAGACACACACACACUCACACACUCAGGUAUGCCGGGUGUGAGGCUCCCUAUUGGACGGUCUAGAUGUAGUCAAACUUCAGAUUGACGGACAGAUCUUUGGGGAACGCAGCUUGCUGGUGGUGGUAAUGUCAAAGAGAGGGGCAGGGGGUAGGGGGAAAGGAGAGCGACCCGAUGCCAUGGCAACUCUUCAAGCAGCUAAUGAGGAGCUUAGAACCAAAUUGACGGAAAUCCAGAUCGAACUCCAAUAUGAGAAGAACAAGGUUAGCCGCUUGGAGAGAGAGAAGAGUCAGGAGCUGAAAGCAGAGCAUCACCGGGCGACAGUCACUGUGACCGAGCUGAAGACCAAACUCCAUGAGGAGAAGCAGAAAGAGCUCGCUCUGACUAGAGAGACGCUGCUACGGCAACACGAGAUGGAGCUGAUGAGAGUCAUUAAGAUCAAAGACGGAGAAAUUCAGCGUCUCAACGGAUUGGUGCUGAUGCUGAGGGACGGAUCCACAGACAAGGUGAAAAGCGCCCUACUCGCAGAGGUGGAGGAGGCAAGGAGAAGCUGGGAGGCAGAGCGUUGCCGCCUCCAGCAGGAGAUGCAGGAGCAAAGAGGAGCAAAGAGGAAUGCUGAGGAGGCUCUGACAUUGGCUCAGCAGGCCUGCCAGGCCCGAGCAGCCGAACUGCGAUCAGCUCAUCAUCAACACCAGGAGGAGCUGAACAGGAUCAAGAGAGACUGUGAGAGGGAGAUCCGCCGACUGAUGGAUGAGAUUAAGUUAAAGGACCGAGCGGUCAGUGUUUUGGAUAAGGCCCUGGGGCUGCAGGCUGGACACGCCCAUCGCCUCCAGCUGCAGACUCAGGCUGCUGAGCAGCAGAUCGCAGCCCUGAGAGAUGCACAGAGGGUUGGCCUCAACCAUCCCAGUCAAGUCCUUAACCCCCCCCCUAACACUGCUUCGCACACCUCUCAGGAGGAACGGGACACCCGCAGGUUUCAGUUAAAGAUUGCUGAGCUCGGCGCCAUGGUCAGAAAGUUGGAGGAUCGAAACGCUCUGCUAUCAGAAGAGAGAAACGAGCUGCUGAAGCGUCUCAGAGAGACGGAGAGUCAGUUCCUUCCUCUUCUGGACAAGAACAAGCGUCUGAGCAGGAAAAAUGAGGAUCUGGCUCUCACACUGCACCGCCUCGACAACAAGCUCCGCUUUGUCACUCAGGAGAACAUGGAGAUGGUAACCAUGAGAAGACCAAGUUCUUUAAAUGACCUGGUGAGGAGCCCCUCCAACAGUUACCAUGGUUACAGUCAGGAUGAGAGGGAGAUGGAGUUUCUACGUUUACAAGUUCUGGAGCAACAGAAUAUCAUCGAUGACUUGUCAAAGGAGAGAGACAUGUUACUGAGGUACAGACGUCAAGAAUCAGUGAGGAGGAAAAGAACCUUCAAAGCUUGCAGGGUUAUAGAGACGUUCUAUGGCUAUGAUGAAGAAGCAUGUGCCGACUCUGAUGGAUCCUCUUUGUCGUUUCAUACUGACCAAACUCCUGAUACAGAACCUGACGAGGUGUGUGUCCGUGAGGCGGAGUUUCGUUACCGUCAGCUGACUCAGGAGUACCAAGCGCUGCAGCGAGCAUACGCUCUGCUGACGGAGACAAGCGGAGUAAACUAUGACGCCGAGAAGGAGAUAAGGACCAGAGAGCAGUUGCUGACUGAUAUCAGUCAAUAUCAAACCAAAGUUGCUGACCUGGAGUCCGCUCUGAAACAACAAGGAUUGGAUGUGAAGUGGGUGGAGGAGAAGCAGGCAUUGUAUCAAAGGAAUCAACAGCUGGUGGAGAAGGUGAAGCAAAUGGAAGGUGAAGAGCUGCAGCUGAAGAAUGAAAUCCAGGACAUCAGAGAUCAAAACGAGCUGCUUGAGUUUCGAAUCUUAGAGCUCGAGGAGAGGGAGCGACGCUCACCUGCCAUUAACUUCCACCAACUCCAUUUCCCAGAAGGCCUCAGUCCUCUGCAGAUCUACUGUGAGGCAGAAGGAGUCGCUGACAUUGCUAUCUGUGAGUUGAUGAAGAAGCUGGACAUUCUGGGAGAUAACGCCGUAAGUAAUCUGUCCAAUGAGGAGCAGGUUGUGGUGAUCCAGGCCAGAACGGUUCUAACUCUAGCAGAAAAGUGGUUGGAGUCUAUAGAAGUGACCAAGGCAGCUCUGCAGCAGAAGAUGUUGGACAUUGAAAGCGAGAAGGACCUGUUCAGUAAACAGAAAGGUUACCUGGAUGAAGAGUUGGACUACAGGAAGCAGUCAAUGGAUCAGGCGCAUAAGAGAAUCCUGGAGCUGGAGGCCAUGUUGUUUGAGGCUCUUCAGCAGCAAGAGGAGUUCAGGAUGGAGGGCUUGAAGGUGGAGGAGGGUGGACUCUCUGAAACACUGACGGAAGAAGAGAGGGAGGGGCUAAGGAGAGCAAUGGAUCAAUGGAGACGAUCUGUGAUGUGUGAGCUGAGAGAGAGAGACGCCCAGAUUCUCCGAGAGAGAAUGGAGCUCCUGCAGCUCAUACAACAGAGGAACAAGGAGUUGGAGGAAUUCAUAGAAGCACAGAAACGACAGAUUAAGGAGCUGGAAGAGAAGUUUCUAUUUCUGUUUCUAUUCUUCUCUUUGGCUUUCAUCCUCUGGUCUUAACAGUUGCUGGCCUCCAGUCAAGAAGCUGAAACCUCAGAAGGGUCCAUUCAGUUUGGAUCAGAUAAAGAAUUCUGAAGAUCCAGAAGGAUUCAGGGUAUAAACUAGCAGCUUACAGAUAGAGGCACAUUGCUUUCAGUGCCCCACUGCCCUGCAGCUGGCUGCUGUCAGCCAAUCAGAAGGGGAACCAGCUGUCAGCUGACUCUGGAGCACAGUGAGCACUUUGAGUCACACCUCAAAGACUAAGAUAUGGGUGGUUUCCAUGGCUACAGAUUGAUGUUAUGUUUUAGAAAAGUCAAAAACACAACCGGCAACAUGUUAGCUACUGUUUUCUGAAAACUUCUGGUUUCAACACCUGAUAUGCAGCUGACAAGCACACAUUCUGGCCUCCCGAGGCCCACUAGACAAAAGCGGUGCUGGACUUUAUACAGUGUUUUCUCACCCAACUGGACAUCAUACACCGUUAGCUCACACAAGAUUCAUGCACUGUUAGCUCACCAAACCGGUGAUGGUUGUUGAUUAUGUAUGUUAAAGUCAUCUAACCCCUUUGUGGUUUAAUGAAGAUCCAGGGGCAGAGAUGAAGGGGAUGAGCGACAGUGGAUGUUCAGUAAAAUGGUCACUAUGUUACCUUGGGGAGGACACACUGAAUGCCUGAAGAAAGACAUUAUGCAACAUAGCAUUUGUUGUGGAAUUGAUCGAUCUUCUCUGUCCGGAUAAAGGUUCAGUUGAAUUUGAAUUCUUACCAAUUGUUUCAUCCACAUGAAGAGUGAACAUAUAUUAUGAAUCCCUUCGAAUUCAUUCCUGGACACAGUUACAAUGUGUAACCUUUUAGCCCGUUGAUUCAUCCCGGGACCAAAGACAAUUGUUGUUACUAUCAGGAUGUCAGCUUGAGCUGCAACAACUGAACAUUCGUUAAAGAAACCAUAUUCUGAUCUGAAGGAACAAAAUGAAGAAACAGGUUUAAAAAGUAGUAAACUACAUAAGACUGCUGAAGUUCACUGUUAUUGCCCCACUGAGUUUAGAUUUCAUCCAGACUAAUUAAGUUGUGAUAUUUCAACUGUUAACUAUGAGUUCAAACUGAUGCUGAAAAAUAACCUCAGUUUUUCAAAGCACCCUUUCAACAUAUAAAUAAGGUAU